GAAACCCUGGGCCCAUCGAGAAUGCCCCGGGCGGUUACUGCGGGCGCCCCGGCCGCCCCCUCGCCCCAGCAGUCCGGCGGGCCCGGGGGGAGACCGCCCGGCAGGGAGCGGAGCUGCAGCCGGUCUCCGGAAAGCCGAGCCAGAACGGGAGCGAUCAGACCGGCAGCUGCUGGGACGGCGUUUUCCUUCGGCUUGGAGAACGACGAGCAGGAAUCAAGAAUGAUAGCCGCAGGGAAAUUUGCAAGUCUUCCCAGAAAUGUCCCAGUGAACCAUCAGUUCUCAUUAGCGUCGUCCAUGGACCUUUUGACCACCAAACCUUCACUAACUGAGCAUCGCUCAGACUCAUUUCAAGACAUCUCUAUCCAUGGCACUCUCCCCAGGAAGAAGAAGGGAACAGUUAAAGUUAUGGCUUGUGAUAUGUUUAGCCACGUGGGAACAUUACCAUACACCAGAACACAAAGGCAACAGCCACCUUUUGUACAGGAUGUCAUAGAAGAGUACCCUCUACAAAAUGGGAAGAGCAACAAACUCCAUACCAGAGAUCAGAAUGUUCCGGAUCCUACUUUGGAGUAUGUUAAGUUUUCUAAGGAGCGGCAGGUUAUGGACAACAGCCCGGAAAAGCUGAAGAAAGAGCUAGAGGAGGAACUGCAGCUAAGCAGUGACGAUUUGCGUAGCCAUGCCUGGUACCACGGACGUAUUCCUCGGCAGGUGGCAGAAGAGCUGGUUCAGAGGGAUGGAGAUUUUCUGAUUAGGGAUUCUCUUUCCUGUCCUGGGAACUUCGUUCUUACCUGUCAGUGGAAGAAUACCCCUCAGCACUUUAAAAUCAACAGAACAGUUGUAAGAUUAAGUGAAGCCUAUUGCCGAGUUCAAUAUCAGUUUGAACUGGAAAGUUUUGACAGUAUCCCCGGCUUAGUUAGGUACUAUGUUGGGAAUCGCACACCAAUAUCAAAACAGAGUGGAGCAAUUAUUUUUCAGCCUAUCAACAGGACUGUGCCUCUCAGGUGUCUGGAAGAAAAGUACGGUGUAACUUCAGACCGACAAAAAGAGCAAAGCAUCUCCAAAGGAAAAACAGAAACUACAAAAAGACUGAGUCUUGGUGUAUCCAGCAUGCAGUCCCAGGAGCAGAGCAUACCUAGAGGAAAUCUUUUGAGAAACAAAGAAAAAAGCGGUAGCCAGCCAGCUAGUCUGGACCACGUUCUGGACAAGAGAUUCCCUCUUAAGACUCACCAGUCGGAGAGCUAUCUGCUGAUAGGUUCAAAACAUUCAUCUCGACUGCCUGAAGCAGAUGCUGACUCCUGCCCAAGUUCACCUGCAUUUAGAACAGGCAGUGAACCUUCUCUAAGCCCCACAGUUGUUCAGAAAGUCACUUAUGAUUCACAAGAAGGAGAAGCUCUUAGAGGAUCAGACAGCCAACUCUAUCCAAAGCCUCCACCUAAACCCAGCAAAGCAUCCCUGCUGAAGACCACAGAUUCUCCUAUAGCUUCCCAUAGCUCAGAAGGACACUAUUGUGAGCUAAGUGUUGCCAGAGAUUCUGAAGCAACAAAACAACACUUACGCCAGAAAAACAGCUAUGUGGAGCAUCUGACACAAAAGGAGAGGGGAGCACAAUCAUUCAGGAACUCUGAAACAAGUUAUUUGAUCCUGGAUGAUGACCAUACAGUGAACUCUGCAGGUCCUGUAGAUGUUUCAACUGAGAUGGCUGAAGAAAACAAUGUGUUUUCUGCACCACUUUAUGAGACAUCGUCUAGUUUUAAACCAAAUGAUUUUGAAUCCAAACUACUUCCUUCUGAAAACAAGCCUUUGGAAACAUCGAUGCUAAGAAAAAUUAAGGAGCUUUUCACCAAGAAUAACCCAAAGGUUAUUGCACAGCAUAUUCUUAGAAUGGACUGCAAGGUGGCGAGAAUACUAGAAGUUUCUGAAGAGAUGAGGAGGAUUAUGGGAGUGAACUCUGGUCUUGAACUGAUUACUUUGCCUUAUGGACAUCAGUUGCGCCUGGACCUCAUUGAAAGGCACAACACCAUGGCAAUAGGAAUAGCUGUGGAUAUCUUGGGCUGCACAGGAAAUCUGGAAGACAGAGCCGCAACAUUAAACAAGAUCAUCCAAGUUGCAGUGGAGCUGAAGGACUCACUGGGGGAUCUGUAUGCGUUUUCUGCCAUUAUGAAAGCACUGGAAAUGCCACAGGUCACCAGGUUAGAACAAACCUGGACCUCUUUAAGACAUCAUUACACCCAGACUGCCAUCAUGUAUGAAAAACAGCUGAAGCCAUUCAGCAAAGCUUUGCAUGAAGGUCAAGAGAUGGUCAGCAUUCCACAGAACCUAACACUGCCACUGCUGAUGCCUCUUGUUACCUUGAUGGAGCGACAAGCUGUCAUUUUUGAAGGGAUGGAUCUGUGGGAAAGCACUGACCAAAGCUGUGAAAUAAUGUUCAAGCACUUGACCGCAGCUCGUCAGAUAGCACAGAAUGCAGAACUGUACAGCUUGACUGCACAACGGAUGCUGGAAGGUUUUCAGCCUGAUGAAGAGAUGAGUGAAAUCUUCAAGACAGAAUUUCAAAUGAGAUUGCUCUGGGGCAGCAAAGGAGCAGAAGUUAAUCAGAGCGAAAGAUACGAGAAGUUCAGCCAGAUUUUAUCUGCACUUUCCCGAAAACUGGAACCUCCUCCAGUGAAGCAGGUGGAACAAUUAAGUAUCUAAGACUGUAAACACUAUGAAGAGAUACACUUGAAAUAACUGUAGCUUGCUUUCAGUAAUUUGAUACUGCACAAACUUCUUGCAUUUCACGAGAUGUUUAGAACUUCUAAUUGCACAAUGCACACUUGUUUUAGAACUACUGACUUCUACAGCAAAUUAUUUAUUUCCUAUGUCACUACAACUUUUAAUGAUCCCUUUAUGCAGGUAGGUCAUCACUGUAAAGUACUUCUGUAGCUUUCUGUAUUUCUGUAAGGUUAUAAAUUUUGAUAAUGCCUAAGAAUAGGGGCAUUUGCAUCAUAAUUAUAUUUAAAUGAAGCAAAUAGUGUAAAUAAAGUGACAGAUUAACUAUAUGGGUUGUAUAAUACUCCUUAACUGGGUAUAAAACACUAUGUACAGAAUUGUGCAUUAAAGUAUAUCUUUAUGCAAAAUAAUUUGCAUAUUAUAGUUGAAGAAAUGAUCUGUGACUGCAAGAAGGCUCAAAUUUCACUUUAGCAAUGAAAAUCAGUUGUGAAUGUGUUGGGACAGUUCAUAGUUUUUUUUCCAGACAGCAUGUGUAGCACUUUAACUUUUGCUGGAGGCUGGACAGCUCUGCUGCCACCAAAUGAAUGAUGAAAUGGCAAGAACAAACAACCUAGAUAAUUAAAAUGCUUUCAUAUACGAGUAAAGGUGAGUGCAUGUAUAUAUUAAAACUUACUUUGCAUUCUGAGGUGGAUCACAAUAACCAGUACUUGUAUUUUUUUUUCUUGGAUGAAGAGUUACUUGUCAGUACUUUUCGUAGAUAAUCAGUGCACAGUGUUAAUAUAGUAUCUGCUGCUGAAGCAUUCUUUAUAUUGUCAUGUACAUGUACAGAUGUGAUGUAUAAGCAUUCUCAGAGAUGGUAUAAAUACUUAGACAAGAAUUCUA